AUGGGUUCCAUGGAACCACACUACAGCUCUACCGCUGAGAGCCAGCGUAUUUUUGACCUGCUCUGUGGCCUGUUUGACGAUGUGGCUCUGCCACGUGCAGUUCAGGACGUGAAGGCAGACAUCCAGUUUACCGCAGACCGCGACCUGCCGUACUUCCCCAUCCCCUUCAAGGAGACAGAAACCACUGCGGCACUCAAGGCCAUUGAGGGUUCUGUCGCGGCACUGCUUGCUAAAACAAAGGAUGCUGGUCAGGGCAAUCGGAAAAUCACGGUCAACCUCGAAAAGACCAGUGCGUUCCUCUUCCAGGCCUAUCUUGCCAAGGUCGGGGGCCUGGGAAAGCUGGAUAAGGAAGUCCGAGCCCUCCUGAAAGAUACCGAUCUUCUACAGGCUCAGUCGGACCCGUAUAGACGCAUGUCAGCCAACCUAUACGAGACCGCAAGUCCAGGCCAGUACUACCAUAUCCACGGUUCACUUGAAGCUUCAACGACGCUGGGAUUUCUUGGACUCGAGCCCUUUAGACCAGACCUCAAGACCCAUGAGCAAAUCGUGGACGUCAUCGAGACGGCGGUGAAGAAGUAUACCCCCGAGGAGCUCGAGGUACUCAACGCCAAGUACCGACAGGCCGGGGUAAAGGCUUUGAAGCAUGAUGAAUUCCUGCAGACUCAUCAUGGCAAGACGAAUAGCCAGUUGCCACCCUGGGCCGUAACUCCCCUCGAGGACAAGACACCAAAGGUACCUCUGCCAAUGACUGAUGGCAAGAGGCUACUGUCUGGAAUUAAAGUGUUGGAGUUGUGCCGCAUUAUUGCCGGACCCGUAGUGUGCCGAAUCCUCGGAGAGUACGGAGCCGACGUCUUGAAAAUAACCAGCCCGAAUUUGAGUGAUGUGCCAUUUUUCCAAGUUGAUGGUAACAUGGGCAAGCAUGCGGCAGAACUUGACCUAAAGUCUCCCGAGGGAAGACAAAGGUUCGAAGAGCUCCUUGAGGAGGUUGACGUGGUCAUUGAUGGUUACCGUCCGGAAGCCAUCGCAAAGCUGGGAUAUGGACCUGAGUACAUGGCCAACUUGGCCGCCAAGAGGGGCAAGGGUCUGUCCUACGUCAACGUCAACUGCUUCGGCUAUGAGGGUGAAUGGGCACACCGACCUGGCUGGCAGCAGAUUGCUGACUGCGUGUCCGGUAUUGCUUGGGAGCAGGGCAAAUUCAUGGGUCUCGACGAGCCUGUAGUUCCCCCUUUCCCCAUUUCUGACUACGGAACGGGAUGUAUGGGUGCGAUUGCAGCCUUGGUUGGGCUCUACCAUCGAGCCACUGCUGGUGGUUCGUGGCACGGAAAGGUCUCCCUUCUCCAGUAUGACUUGCUGCUGUUCAAGGCUGGACUAUUGCCUGCAGAUAUUCAGGAGUCGCUGCGUAGCUGGGUUGGUCCCGAUUUCUUGAGCCUCCGGCACGCACACAGCGUGGACCAGAUUUCGGGCACCGCACUGCGCAAGAUGAGGGAAGUGUUUCCCAAAUUGACACUUGAUAAGAAGUACCUGGACCAUUGGUACGCGGACAGCUACAAAGCUGAUGUCGAGGCGGUCUUGCCGGUGGUAGAGAUUGACGGCCUUGAUAUCAGCUUUCGACGCGCCAGCAGGCCCAAUGGGACUGACAAGGCUUCGUGGGAGUUCGGCUCCGACAAGGACUACAGGAAAUAG